GCCCCGGCGUGCGCCCCAGACACGGUGACUCCGGUCCGCGCGAGCCUCCUCCCCUCACCGCGACCCUAUCAGGCCCCGCAGCCCAGCUGCCCCAGCCAUGGACGCCCCGGAGCCGCAGCCCGACCCCGACGGUGGGGACGGCCCAGGCCACGAGCCUGGGGGCAGUCCCCAGGACGAGCUGGACUUUUCCAUCCUCUUCGAUUAUGACUAUCUGAAACCCAUCGAAGAAGAACAGAACGCACAUAAGGCCAUCAGCUCACCCUCUGGAAUCGCAUACCCGGAUGAUGUCCAGGACUAUGGCCUCAAGCCAGUCAACCCCCUGGCCAGUUUCUCUGGCGAGCCCCCCAGCCGGUUUGGAGAGCCGGAUAGGAUAGGGUUCCAGAACUUUCUGAGUCCUGCCAAGCCAGCAGGGGCUUCGGGCCCGAGCCCUCGGAUCGAGAUCACUCCAUCCCAUGAACUGAUGCAGGCAGGGGGGGCCCUCCGUGGGAGAGAUGCCGGCCUGCCCCCCGAGCAGCCCGCCCUGGCCCUGGCCGGCAUGGCUGCCAGCCCGAGGUUCACACUGCCCGUGCCCGGCUUUGAGGCCUACCGCGAGCCGCUUUGCUUGAGCCCCGCUAGCAGCGGCUCCUCUGCCAGCUUCAUUUCUGACACCUUCUCCCCCUACACCUCGCCCUGCGUCUCGCCCAAUAACGCCGGGAUCGACGAAGUGUGUCCCCAGUUUCAAAACAUCCCUACUCAUUAUUCCCCCAGAACCUCUCCAAUAAUGUCACCUCGAACCAGCCACGCCGCCGAGGACAGCUGUCUGGGCCGACACUCGCCCGUGCCCCGUCCGGCAUCCCGCUCCUCCUCACCCGGUGCCAAGCGGAGGCAUUCGUGCGCAGAGGCCUUGGUUGCCCCUCUGCCCACAUCCUCACCCCAGCGCUCCCGGAGCCCCUCGCCACAGCCCUCGCCUCACGUGGCACCCCAGGACGACCGCAUCCCCGCUGGGUACCCUCCCACGGCUGGCUCUGGUGUUCUCAUGGAAGCCCUCAGCAGCCUGGCCUCUGACUCGCCCUGCGGGAUCCCCUCCAAGAUAUGGAAGACCAGUCCUGACCCGACUCCCGUGUCCACCGCCCCGUCCAAGGUGGGCCUGGCCCGGCACAUCUACCCAGCUGUGGAGUUCCUGGGGCCAUGUGAGCAGGAGGAAAGGAGAAAUUCCGCUCCUGAGUCCAUCCUGCUGGUACCACCCAGCUGGCCCAAGCAGCUGGUGCCAGCCAUUCCCAUCUGCAGCAUCCCUGUGACUGCAUCCCUUCCUCCACUAGAGUGGCCACUCUCCAAUCAGUCAGGCUCCUAUGAGCUGCGGAUCGAGGUCCAGCCCAAGCCCCAUCACCGGGCCCACUAUGAGACGGAGGGCAGCCGUGGUGCUGUCAAAGCCCCGACAGGAGGCCACCCUGUGGUGCAGCUCCACGGCUACAUGGAGAACAAGCCCCUGGGACUUCAGAUCUUCAUUGGGACAGCCGAUGAGAGAAUCCUUAAGCCUCACGCCUUCUACCAAGUACACAGGAUCACGGGCAAAACCGUUACCACCACCAGCUAUGAGAAGAUUGUGGGCAACACCAAGGUCCUGGAAAUCCCCCUGGAGCCAAAGAACAACAUGAGGGCCACCAUCGACUGUGCUGGCAUCCUGAAGCUUCGGAACGCCGACAUUGAGCUGCGGAAGGGCGAGACAGACAUCGGCAGGAAGAACACGCGAGUGCGCCUGGUGUUCCGCGUGCACGUCCCGGAACCCAGUGGCCGCAUCAUCUCCCUGCAGGCAGCAUCCAACCCCAUUGAGUGCUCUCAGCGCUCUGCCCAUGAGCUGCCCAUGGUGGAGAGACAAGACGUGGACAGCUGCCUGGUCUAUGGGGGCCAGCAGAUGAUCCUCACGGGCCAGAACUUCACGGCUGAGUCCAAGGUGGUGUUCAUGGAGAAGACCACAGAUGGGCAGCAGGUUUGGGAGAUGGAAGCCACGGUGGAUAAAGACAAGAGCCAGCCUAACAUGCUUUUUGUUGAGAUCCCCGAGUAUCGGAACAAGCACAUCCGAGUACCCGUAAAAGUGAACUUCUACGUCAUCAACGGAAAGAGAAAACGAAGUCAGCCACAACACUUUACCUACCAUCCAGCCCCUGCCAUCAAGACGGAGCCCGAUGAGUAUGACCCUUCUCUGAUCUGCAGCCCUGCCCAUGGAAGCCUGGGGAGCCAGCCAUAUUACCCACAGCACCCAAUGCUGGCCGAGUCCCCCUCCUGUCUCGUGGCUACCAUGGCCCCCUGCCAACAGUUCCGCUCGGGGCUGUCAUCCCCAGAUGCCCGCUACCAGCAGCAGAGCCCCGCAGCAGCCCUCUACCAGAGGAGCAAGAGCCUGAGUCCAGGCCUGCUGGGCUACCAGCAGCCGGCCCUCCUGGCAGCACCCUUGGGCCUGGCCGAUGCCCACCGCUCUGUGCUGGUGCAUGCUGGUUCUCAGGGCCAGAGCCAGGGCUCUACCCUGCCACACACAUCCUCGGCUACCCAGCAGGCCUCGCCCGUGAUUCACUACUCACCCACCAACCAGCAGCUUCGUGGCGGGGGGCACCAGGAGUUUCAGCAUAUCAUGUACUGUGAGAACUUCGGCCCUGGUUCAGCCAGGCCUGGCCCACCUCCCAUCAACCAAGGCCAGAGGCUGAGCCCAGGCUCCUACCCCACAGUCAUCCAACCACAGACUGCCCUGAACCACAGAGCUACCAAAAACGGACCCCCAGUCAGUGACCAGAAGGACGCUAUGCCCACUGGAGUGACAGUCAAACAGGAACAGAACCUGGACCAGACCUACCUGGAUGACGUUAAUGAAAUCAUCAGGAAGGAGUUUUCAGGACCUGCCCCCCGAAAUCAGACCUAGAACAGCCAUUAUCGCAAGACGCCUUCCAUCUUGGACCCCUUCUGUCCCCCCCUCCCCCGCCUUCUCUGACUGGAACACUGUGUGUGGGUACAGCGAAGGCUGUUGGUGUAGGAGCCUGCUGCCUCUCAACGCUUAGCCAAGCUGAUGUCCAUGGUGACUGGAUGAAAAAGCCACUGCCUGCUGACCAAAGCCCCGUUCUCAACUCACCAGGAAGCUGAACUUGCCAGAGACCCGGAAGCUGGCCUGGGGGAGAAAACUGGGGAACUUCAAUAGAGCCCCAGCCCACGGACCUGGCUCCUCUCUCUCUUGAAGGGUGUUUAGACAGAACAACCAAAGGAACAUGGCCCAAGAGCCCAACUUUUGGGCUCGAGAACCCCAGGUCUCUGUAGGAGCCCAAACCGGAGCAUCUCAUCUCUGCCCCAGCUGGGCCAUAGCAGAGCUUCGUUUUCGGUCUUCUUUCUGAAGCCAAACUGCCUUGCCCUGACAGGACCACCUGUUCCAACUCCCGGCCUUAAGUUAUAACCCGUGUACAUUGUUUGCCAGCUUCUGGGCCUUUGUUUUGUUUUCCUCUGCUUCAAAGAGCCAACCAAGGAGUCCGCAGGCUGGGCCCUCUCAGCCAGCUACUCCCUAACCCUGCCUGCUGCCUGCACCAGACCUCUGGUGGGAUCCAGCUCGGGCUGCCUGUUGAGAACAAAGCUUCCAAAGGCUCUUCUCCACCCUCCUCCCAGACAGAGCCUCCUCCUCCCCGGAGCCGGAAGAACCUUCUGGGUCCUUGCAUUGACUGUUACAGAGCUGAAGCCACCUAACCCAAUCAAAACCUGCAGGUGUUUGUCAUGACUGCCACCAAACAGAACGAUGGGGCUGAAAUCUCCCCCUACCCUAAACUCAAAGCUGGAGCGCGCUGGCAUAGCCCCAUUGUUCUGUUUCUUACCUGGAUGCAUAUAACAUCACUGUGGAAUCCGAGACACUGCCAUGUGAGCUGCAUGCGUAACUCAGACCCCAGCAUGUGCCUUCGUGUGAUCAAGGCUGGCUCGUGUGUCCUAUGGUGUCCUCUGCUCUCACGCCACAGGUCUCCCCAGUCUUCCUCCCCU